AUGAUUUGGAAAUUAUUUUCAAUUAAAAUUUUUGUAUAUUGGACUACAUUGCUUAUAAGGGAGGUUCUUCUCUCUGAUACUAAAGUACCAAUGGUUGUAAAUCAUAAUAAUCAGAUACGUUUACAAGUCGGUGAUUUACUACGUCUUGAAUGCCCUAUUCAUAUUACUUCAACUGGUGGAUUAGUCUCAUUAUCAAAUGAUCGUGAUAUUAAUUCGAAUACACAUCAAUCUGAAUAUAAUACAGGUGUUAUUUAUAAUUGGAAAGUACAAGAUUUACAUGAUUAUUCAUUGGAUACUAAUGAUCAUUAUCGUUUUAGUCAACAACGUCGUAUACUUGAAGUAACUGAACCAUUACAAAUUUCUGAUUCAGGCAAUUAUACAUGUUCUGGAAUAACUGGUUUUGGUAAACGAGAAGUAACAUUUGAAGUACAUGUAAGAGAUCCGAACGUCAAUCUUCUAUGUGCCGUUCCAAAUGUGGAGAAUACCAAAGCAAAAGCCCCAUGUUUCAUUGACACAGCUUUGAAAACGAAUCCAUCAAUUAGCUUGGAGAGACUUAUCGGUUCAUCGGUCACAUUUAAUUGUGAAGCUGAAGGUACAGAACCAAUAAAAUAUCGAUGGUUUAUGGGUAAUGCUGUAGCUGAUUGGAUAACAACUGGUCAGGGAGUUCGUGGACCAGUUUUAACAAUUGAUCGAGUUGGUCGAGAACAUACUGGACAAUAUACAUGCCAAGUUGCUAAUGCUGUAGGCAGUCUAAAUUACACUUACAAACUCUUAGUUAGUGAACCACCAUCAGCUACACCGAAAAUUCUUGGUCCUGAACAGAAUUACACAUUUAAAAAUGAUGAAACUGCCGUAGUUAUGGCUAGAAUAAAAUGUGCAUGCGAUGAACCCGUGAUACAAUGGUUAAAACGAGUUGAACCAGGUGAAGAAUUAAUGUAUGAACAAUCAGGUGCAACAAAAAUCCCAUUACCGAGUGCAAGAAUAACUGAACAAAAUGAAUUCUAUGUUAUUUUAGGCUCAUGGGUUAAUUCACCUGCUAUUGUAGAAAAAACAACAGCCUAUACAGAUAGAUCAAGCACUUUUCAUGAUAUAAAACUUUCAUCAUCAUCAAUAAAUGCUAAUAAGGAUUUUAAUCACUUGCAAAUUAUCGAUGAUGUUGAUGAUGAUAGCAAUAAUAAUAAUAAUAACGAAAAACCAUCGAUUUACUUUCAACCUAAAACAAAUUACAACAAUAAGCAUAAUCAACAACAUUUUACAAAUCAAAAGAAGGAACAAUUAUUUAUGACUAAAUUACGAUUUCAAAAACCAAUCAAUAAAGAACGACAUGAAGGAAAAUAUAUUGUUAUGACAAUGAGUUUAUCAGAUGUUAAAAGUUUAGAAUAUAUUGUAAUCUAUGUGAAUAUAGAUCAAGAUUCAGCUUUCGCAAAAGGAAGACGUGUUUUAAUAUAUUUUCUUGUUCCGUUUGGUUUAUUGCUUGCCGUUCUUGGAUUAAUUGCUUACAUGUUUGUAUUUCGACGUAAACGUGCUCCAAGUCAUUUAAUAUCUUCUAGCAAUGAAAGGUGUAUUUUACGAACUGCUGAACUCAGUCCUGAAGCAUAUCAUGUUAUACCAAAUGGAAAGAAGUCUUCUAGCCUGAAUACAUCAUCCAGGCUAUCUUCAAACAGUCAAAACACUGGGAAACCAAAUUAUUCUUAUAUGGGAAUUCAAUCUUCCUAUAAUUCAAGUGAUAAUCACCAUAAUCAGACAUCAAAAGGACAAGAAUUAUUAAAUCAUUAUCCUAACAUUCAGGUUAAUCCGUCACAUUUUAAUCAACCUGCAAACUUUUCUCAAAAUACUCCGAUUUCAAGUGAUCCUCGACUUCUUUUAAAUAUUAGUGAUGAUUCUAGUCGUGUGAACAGUAAAGCAAGUUCUGGAAUGAAUGGUAACUGUAUGCCUGCUUCUCAUCCAUCUCACUGUAUCUUACCUUGUCCACCUAACACUCAUAACAUGACACCAUCAAAUCAUAGUGAUAUUCAACAAGCGAUCAAUAAUUUCAAUCAAUUUCCAGCUUAUUUUAUGAGUUCAAAUGAACAGAAUUUAAAUCCCCAAUCUUUCAAUGGAAAACCUCCACAACCAACUUAUCAACCUGCACCAUUUCCAGGUCCAAUGCCCAAUUUUAUGCUAAAUGUUCCACCAGCGCCUUCUAACGUUAGUGAAGUAUCAUUUGAUCAAUAUUCAGCUGUAAGUCAAAGUCCAGUCUCUUCAAGUACUCUUACAAAUCAUUACACAGCUCCAUUCGGUGAUUUUGUUCAUAAUGAAAAUUCAGAAUGUAAAGAUUUUCGACAUCAUUUUCAACCUCAUUAUCUUCAAACAUAA